AUUUGUCUUAUUGUAUAUUGCAUGUAUAUUGUAUAUCCUUUUCUCAAAUUACUGAAUAUGAUUUUUAAAUUAUUACCUUCUUAGUUAAUUAAUAUAAAAUAGGAUAAGCAACAAUUAUUUAUAAAUGAAUGUAAACCAAGAAUUUGUGAGUAGGAGGCGUCACAUAAUACCAUCUGCGAGGAGAAGCAUUCAUUCACACGAUCUGUCCGUCGAGGCAGGAGUGAUGGCGCGGUAUGGCGACGACAAUAGCAGUGAGGACGAGCGCGAGGAGGGCGCAGGUGGGGUUGACGAGGUGGAUAACGUUAUGAGCAAAUUUUCUCAUACUUCGAGCCCAGUUGCCAUGAGGAGAAGGAAUUCUAUGACACCCCCAAAUCUACAAUACACAGAUGAUUCUGAUGAACACGGUGUCCUAGCCAAGUCCUUACCCGCCACACUCCCGUCACGUUCAUAUUACAGUGACGACUUCGAUAGUUGGCGAUCGCAGAGCCAACAUCUAAACAAGUCCAACUCAGUAUCGCCCCGGCUUCGCGGCAAUAGAAGCGCUGACAGUCGAAACUCCAGCUUCGCCAGCAGAUCUCCAAACGUUUCCCACAGAAUAAACCAGUCAAGCAGAGAACGAGAACAGAAAUCCUCAGGGAAUAUACCCAAAUACUUAGUCGGUCUGCUGACUGUGUUAUGCGCUACGUAUUAUUAUGAUUUCUUUAGCUCGUCAGACCAGCAGGUUAGAUAUGAUGAGAGGAAAUUUCGCAGUGAUCUGAAUGAAUUGGGAGCGAAAUACAGAGUAACUGACGAUUCGAUACUGCAGUUACAAGCAGGAAUAUCAACAAUAUUUGAGAGAGAAGAUACUAGCUGUUUUAUAUUUCUUUAUAACAGCCAAAAAAAUGAUUAUGAUCCUAACAAGUUUGAUGGGUUCGUUGACAAUGUGGUUUCAAAUACGGCCAAGUUUUUACGUAACGACACGACCCCAUCCAAGCACAGAGUCGUAGACGGCGCCGACUUAAACAUGGGCAGUCACACUCAACUGGUGCGCGCGUACCAGGACGACAUAGCGACGGCGGGGGUGCUCCUCGUCAAGGACGUGGCCCUCGUGCCGUCGCCGCUCGCCAUGGCCUUCCACUACUACUGCGACGAGUACCAGCCGCUCGUCAGGAAGAGCGCCAUAUUCUUCACUUUGAACACCGCCAAAUGUCACAAUUCAGGCGAAAAAUCAUCUCAUGCAUCCGCGGAAAGAUGCCUAAAGGAAAAAUGGAGUACAGUCCCUAAAGACAACAUCGGGCCCCUGCUCACCAGGGUAGCGAACGUCGUGGUCGACGUCACCGAAGGCGUGUGAUUUUCUUAUGAGACCCCUGAAUUAAGGGACCGAAUCUGAGGAGUUUUAAAAACUUUGAUUUCAUCAAAAUUGUUGGUAAUUUUAACCUUAUUUAAAGGCACAGUGAUCAAACAUUUGCAAAACAAGUGCAGAUGGUUUAGUAUUUUGGAUGGUAGUGAAAGGUCGUUUUGUCCUAGUAAGAGAGCAAACGCUAGGCGAAGUAAAAGAAGUAUUUUGUCAAUCAAAAAUUAAGAAAGGCGUUUACUAAUUGCAAUUGCGCCAUAUUUAGAAUCGCAAAUGAAUUACCUUUUGCUUAUGAACGGCACACAUGGUGACAUUCGUUUAUAGAAAAAACCAAUCGAAAUCCAUUCGACCCUCACAUCAAAUAUCUACCCUAUUACCUUUUGCUUAAUACCAAAAUCGCGUAAUCUGAUUUGCCCGAUUUACCCGAGUUUGAAGUUCAGCUACUCACAUGGUGGAAAUGAUCACGUGACUACUUCGCAUCUGUCAACUCGAAACAUUUAUAAUUUUCGAAUAGCGUUUGUCGAUAAUCGAUUGUCAUCAUGGGUAGUUACAGUUCCAGUAGGUACCUACUUAAAACUUUUCGUAUUUUGCACGUACGUUUAGGCUUGAUGAAAUAUCAUAAGUGCAUUUUCUUGUCGGUCAGAAAUAAAAUAUAUUAUUAUUUUUAAUGAAAAAUAUACUUCCAAACUACUGCCAAAAGGAUGUCACUGUUAAUCUGUAAGGAUGUUACUACACCAUUUGAUCGUUAUUUUUAUAUGUAUUUCGAGUCGAUCCCAUAUGGAUUGAUCGAAUGGUGUGGUUACAGGCACAUAAUUAUGGGUUCCCACUAGUUACCACCGAGUUGUUACCAGUGGUAUCUUUAUCAGUAUUUAACAUUUAAAAAAAAUCACUAAUGGGAUUUUUUUUUUCUCUGUUACAUCUGGCGUCAGGUGAGAACAGGAUUUCCGGUUGUUAACAACUUGGUGGUAACUAGUGGGAAUAACGCUGAAUUUUAUAUGUAUACCUAAUAUGAUAAUUAAUGUCAUUAAAAUACGUAAUAAUGGGACUGACUAUUGUAAGAAUCAGUACAAUGGCGCAUAACGCAAUAUCUGAAGUAUGUAUCGAUUCUAAUUAAUAUUCAGUGAUGAAUAGUACAGUGUUAGUAUUUAAAAAAAUUACAUGCUUUGCGUUUGUGGUUCAUUUAUCAUUGGAGCAUAAAUUAAUAUUGCUGGCUCCGUUAUUAAGGCACUAAGGCCAACUUUCGAGUACAUGUCAUAUUUAAACUUAAGUCAUUGUCAAUAGAGGUGAUGAUGGCAGGGAGUCAUCUAGUAAACAUUUGCACUAUCUUGCCGCAUACUAAGGUGGUAAAUCGGAGUUAGGUAUGAUAUUUCUUCCGCAUUUGCACGGCCACAUGGAGCGAACUUUUAUUACCCGACUCGCCACCUUGUGCUGCGGCAAAUAUUGGACGUUUACUUUAUAUUGUGUAUGUAUUAUAGUGUGUCUUGUUUGUUGCCCCACCACGCAUACCUAAUAACCGUAAUUUGGAAAAUUUAAUCAAUUGUAUAUCGUAUUCUCGCGCAACUAAGUCCAAAAUCGAAGUGGUUUGUCAAUCGCUAUGGAAAUCGAUUCCCAAGAUACAACAGUAUCUUGCAAGCCUGGAAGAAAAGGCAAGCCAAAUAAGGUCUCUUGCUUGCCUAAUGGACAUGUUCUACGCACCGCCACUGCUUGGUACCGACCCCCAGUGAGGUUUAAUUAUGUUUUAUUGUGAAUAAUGUUUUGUUUGUAAAAGUAAUUACAAUUAUUUAUAUAAA